AUGCAACAAGCAGAACAGCGAGUACCACUCCAAACUCGGCUGCAGAACGUGCUGAAGCACAAUCAGAUCCACCAACAGCUGUUGAUGGUGGAGCUGAACCUGGACAGAGACGCUGUGCGCCUGAGAGUUCCGACCUACAGAGUAGGUCCAGGCAGCACUUCGUUGACCGCAUGGUCCUCACGUCCGCAGGUUAUGCAGGCGUCGCGGACGCAGAAGCGCUGGAUGGACAGUGCCAGCGUGGUAGCUGCGAAGACUCCAGAGGCGGUUCCAGGUUUCUUGGCGGAGACCGUUUCUUCGAGGAUGCGGAAAGACUCGCGGCCCAAGUCUGCGGAGCCCCGUGUUCGCGAGGCACUCGGCCGGCGGCGGGAAGGGAGCCCAGUGAGGCAGCCGGAGGCCAUCUCCAGGUGCUCUUCCGCAUCCCAAAGCCCUCGCUCAGGUCCCGUUUCGCCAAGGAGCAAGUUUGAAACACAGACUCGCAGGAGAGAGUGCAGAUUGGGGCAGUCUUUGCCAGGUAAGGUGAUGAUCAUUCCUCCACAGGCUGGAGCGCAAAGCCGUUCUGGUGGAGCUCCGAGGACCUCCGCAGCUGGCUUCUACCCGAGGGAGCACUGUCCCAAAGCACCACCUCCCUCUCCCGGUGCUGGUGUCCGAAGCAUCGACAAGGACGAAGAAACUGCCACACCGCCAGCAAAGCCGUCUAUGCAGGAUGAAACACCGCUUCAGCCACGGCAGGCCAGUUCCCUGAAAGAGAAUUCGCUUACCCAGGAGGAAGCCGCUUCGCCGCUCCAAUCGGCAGUCGAGGCGCAGCUGCUGCCAAGCUGCAAGCCGCUGUCGCCGAUCCGAGAGGUGUCUGAAAAUGCAGUUCCGAAGGUGCGCGAAAGGUCUCGAGAUGCCAGUUCUCGGCCGCACAGAGAUGGGACAGGUCUGGACGGUGCGGAUGGAAGACAGGGGAGCUUGCAGCCGGCAGCUGUGGCAGGAGAGGGAAGUUGCCAUCUACCGUCCAGAGAGAGGCUGGUUGUUGGAAGGAUGCCAAAACUCUUGCGCGCUUGCCUUGCUGUUUGA